AUGUAUCAAGAUGUUGAAGUUGUAGACGAGUUUUGUUUCAAAAAUUAUAAUAAUUUUGAUGAAAUUCAUGAAUUAAAGCAACACAAUCCCGAAAUUGACGAUGAUCAUUCAUCAGAGGUUUAUGAUCCUGAUAUUCAAAAGAAUAAUUUUCAAAUUUUCCAAGAAAUUUUCAAAGAUUUUAGCAAUUUUAACAAUUUUGAUCAUAGUGAUGUAUGUUUAACGAAUGAUAUGCCAAACAUGCAAGAAAUUGAAUAUGAUUUUCAUGAAUUAACUCCAGUAAAUAAUAAAGAAACGAAAAAAGAGGAAGAGGAAGAAGAAGAAGAAAUAGAAACAGUUACACCUCAAAAGGUUCAAUGUUUAACUUCGAAUGUAUUUCAAGAACCUAAUAAUAUCGAGAAAGAUGAAUUUAUCAAUGAAGAAGAAGUUUUUUCAUCAGUUCCAAGAAAUGAUAUAUCAAUGAUUUUUGAAACAUGUGGUUUAGAACUAAAAUUAACUCCACAAUCAGUUUUCAUUGCAAUUUCGGAAGAUUUUGAAUUACAUGAUUCUUCAAAUUACGGAAAUAAUGAUGUAUUCAAUCCAAAAAGCAAAGAAAUUAUAUCAAAUCCUCAAUGUUAUGAUGAAAGGAAUAAUUUCUUUCCAAAUUACAAUAAUUUCAAUUCUGAAACAUACAAUUUUGAGAAUAUCAUUGGAACUAACAUUGAUAAUAGCUCAAAAGAACAAAUUUCAUCUACCGAGAUCAAUGAUCAAAGCAAUGAUUUUAAUGCAUUAGAUUCAUCAUUUACAGACAAAAUUUUAGUUAGUUCAAUGAUGAAUGAUGAAAAUACUGAUCCAAAUAUAAAUAAAUUACCAGAGAAUAUAAUGAACAAUUAUGAAACAUUUCAACAAUCAAAAUCAAAUGAAUUUAAAGUGCUAAAUGAUGUUUAUUCAGAAAGCAAAGAUAUCAAUGAAACUUUUUCUAUUUUUGAUUCAAAAAGAAUAUUUGAUGAAGCAGAAAAUCCACAAAUAUACAAACAAGAAGAAAUAUUUAUCAAAGAAAGAGAUUUAAUUAAUAAUGUACAAGAAGAAACAAAACAAAUCCAAAUACAGCAAAAUGAUAAAGAUGAAUAUAUAACAGAAAUUAUUGUUGAUGGUAAACAAGAUUAUUUAAAUGAAACCGGUUUAAAUAAAGAAGCAAAUCAAAUUGAAUCAGUUAAAUUUGUAAUCAAAGAAUUAUUCAAUGCAAAAGAUGCAAAUAACGAAAUUAAAGACAAUUUCACAGAAAUCGGACCAAUUACAUCAAACAAUGAAUUAAUUCUAUUUAGUCAUAUAAACAUUGAAGAAACAAAUGCUGUAAAUUCAUUGAAAUUCAACAAAGAAAAAGUUAAUCAAAUUGUUGAUGAAAACGUUUAUCGAAAUUGUAAUCAAAUGAAUAAGCAAAUAGAUGCAAAAGAGCUUCCUGAUGUUUAUUCUGUUGAUUUUGCAAAAGAAAAUGGUUUAAAGUCAGAUAAUUUGUUCAUUUUUAUUGCCAUAGAUAGUGAUUGUGAGAUUAAAGAAUUGAAAAGAGUUACGAAAUCCAAUGAUAACAGAGAUGUAAAUAAAAUUGAUUUCAAAGAAAUUGAAGAACAAUCAAUGUCUCAAUCUGAGAGUUUAGAUACGAAACAAACAGAGUUUAAUCCUCAAUCAAUUGAUUUUAUGUUUGAUGAAUUCAAAUUUGAUGAAGAAUCAACUGAAAUUGGAAAAUCAGAUGAAAUAGAUUUUGUUUAUAUUGCUUGUGAUACAAACGAAGAAAUUAUUGAACUUCCUGAUGUUUAUUCUUUGGAAAAAGAUGCUUUCACUUUAAUUGCUGUUGAAACAAAAAUUGAUAUCAAAGAUGUUUCUUCAUUUACAAAAUACAAAUUUGAUGAAGAAAUUCGAGAUAAUUCUUCAAAUAAUUUAAUUGCAAAUGAAAAUGAAAUAGAUGAGAAACAAUCAAACAAGAAACAAAAAGAGAAAAAUAGAAUUACUUCAAGAGAAAUAUCAUUUAAUGAAGAAGAGGAAACAAGCGAAAAUUAUCAAGAAGAUGUUUAUUAUAACAAAUUAUUAACUGAUGAUAUUAAUGAACUUAAAGAUCUCUGUUCAUUUAAUCAAAGGGAAAUCGAAUUAGCUGAUGAAAUUGGAGAAAUCUUUUAUCCAGUUAUUGUCAAUGAAUCGAUGAAUGACAUCAAAGAGCUCAAUGAUGUUAUUUCAGAUAUACAAAAUGUUGUUCAUGAUGAUUCAGAAGAAAACAAAUUUUAUCCAUUCAUUUGUAAUGAAACCAAUUAUGGAAUCAAAGAAUUACCAGAUGUUUAUUUACUUAAUCAAUCAAAAGAUGAAAUUAAAUCAGAAAAGAUCUCAUUUGUUUCAGAUGAUUUUAAGAAUAUCAAAGAAAACAUAAAUGAUUCAGAAGAAGACAUAUUUUAUCCAUUCAUUGCAAAUGAAACUAAUGAUGAAAUCAAAGAAUUACCAGAUAUUUCUUCUCUAAAACAUGCAAUGAUUGAAUUUGAAUCAGAAGAAAUUUCAUUCGUCUCAUCUGAUUUGAAGAAUAUCAAAGAAAUAACUGAAAAUGGACAAAGUAUUAUUUAUCCAUUCAUUGCAAAUGAAACUAAUAAUGAAAUCAAAGAAUUACCAGAUGUUUAUUCGCUUAAACAAACAAUGAUUGAUGUUAACUCAGAAGAAUUUUCAUUAACUUCAGAACAACUCGAAGAAACUAAUUCAGAUUCACAGUUAGAAAAUGAAAUAACUCAACAAAUAAUUAAUAAUGAUAUUAAUUUUGGAGGUGAAGUUAUUUAUCCAUUUAUUGCUAGUGGCACAAACGAUGAAAUCAAAGAAUUACAACCUAUUUCCAUUGACACAAAUGAAGAAGAUUUCAAGGAAUUACCGGAUGUUUAUUCAAUGAGUCAUGUUAUUAAUGCUGAUUCAAAUCAAAUUUAUCCAUUUAUUUGCACGGAUUCAAACAAUGAAAUAAACGAACUAACUGAUGUUAAUUCAACCAAAGAGAGAAAUAUUGAUCUAAUAGAAAAAAUAAAUCAAGAAAAAUCAUUCAUUUGUAGUGAAACAAACAACGAAAUCAAAGAAUUACCUGAUACUUCAUCACUUAACAACAAAAAUCUUAAUGUUGAUGAUAUCAAAGAAUUGGAGGAUAUUUAUUCUGUUAGACAGAGAGAUAUUGAUAUUUCAGAAGAUGAAACAGAAAUUAAAUUAUUAAACGAUGAAAUUAAUCAAAAAGAAGAUCCAUUUUAUCCAUGCAUUGCAACUGAUUCAAACAAUGAAAUCAAAGAAUUAAAUGAUGUUACCUCAGAUGAACAAAGAAAUAUCGAUUUGAUUGGAAUGAAUCAAGAAGAAGAUCCAUUUUAUCCAUUCGUUGCAAAUGAAUCUAAUAAUCAAGUCAAAGAACUUGAAGAUGUUUAUUCAAUCAAAGAAAGAAACAUUGAUAUAACUGAAGAUAAUGGCAAGAUUUAUCCAUUUAUUAGUAGUGAAUCCGAUAAAGAUAUCAAAGAGUUACAAAAUGUUAAUUCAAUCAAAGAAAGGAAUCUUGAUAUUGAUGAAAUUGGAAUAAUUUCUCCAUUUAUUUCGAACGAAGCAAACGAAGAAAUUAAAGAACUCAAAGAUGUUUAUUCAGAAAAACAAAAAGAUUUAGAACUAAUAGAAGAUAAAAUUGAUUUUAAUAAUGAAGAAGAUAAAAUAAAUCCAUUUAUUUCAUCUGAUUCAAACAGUAAGAUUAUAGAACUCAAAGAUUCUUAUCCAUUGAUUCAGAAUGAAAAUCAAAAUGAUAUUAACAACCUAGGAGAUUCAUUGUCUCCAUUUAUUUCUUCAGAUUCCAACAAUGAAAUCAAAGAACUCAAAGAUCCUACUUCUAUUAAACAACAAAAUAUAGAAAUAAUAGAAGAUGGUAAGUUCAAUAAUGAGGUUUUCAAUGACAUUAAUAAUGAAGAAGAUUCAUUGUAUCCAUUCAUUGAUACAGAUUCUAACAACGAAAUCAAAGAACUCAAAGAUCCUAAUUCUAUUAAACAAAGAGAUUUUGAAAUAAUUGAAGAUGGUAAUUUCAACGAUGAAAUACUCAAUGAUAUUAACAACGAGGAAGAUUUAUUAUAUCCGUUCAUUUCAUCAGAUUCUAACAAAGAAGUCAAAGAACUCAAAGAUGUAUAUUCAAUGAAGCAAAGAGAUUUAGAAAUUAUUGAAGAAAAUAAGUUUAAUGAACAAUUUAAUGAUGUUAAAAUUCAAGAUAAUUCAUUUUAUCCAUUCAUUUCAACUGAUUCAAAUAUUAAAAUUAUGGAACUUAAUGACCCUAAUUCAAUGAAACAAAGUAAUAUAGAAUUACUUGAAGAUAAUAUCAAUAAAUUUGGCAAUGAAACGUUUGAUGAAUUAAACAAUGAAAAAGAUUCAUUAUAUCCGUUUGUUUCUUCAGAAUCCAACCAAGAAGUCAAAGAACUCGGAGAUGUUUAUUCAAUUAAGCAAAGAGAUUUAGAUAUAAUUGAAGAUAGUAAGAUUAACGAUAUGAUUCUCAGUGAUAUUAACAAUGAGAAAGAUUCAUUAUAUCCAUUUAUUUCAAAUGAAGUCAAAGAGCUCAAAGAUGUUUAUUCGAUUGAUCAAUGUCAAAAUGACAUUAUUGAAAAUGAUUUAAUUCAUUCAUUUAUUUCCAAUGAUUCAAAUGGCUCAUUUAAAGUUUUACAAGAUGUUUCAUCAAGAAACAAUGAUAUUAAAGAUGAAGGCAACUUCGUAUAUCAGGAUAAUCAAGAAAUUAAAGAAUUGGAAGAUAUUUAUUCAUCAAAUGUCAUUCAAGCAGAUUUAAUUGAUAAUACAGAAAUAAAUAAUUAUCAAAAUGAAGAAGUAUUCAAUGAAAACAUUAAAAAUAUUCAUCCAUUCAUUUCUUCAGAUUCUAAUUGUAUCAUCACAGAGUUAGUUUAUUCAAAGGAUGAAUCCAAAAUUGUUGAAUCUGAAAGUGAAAAUGAAGAUUUAGUUGUCGAAAACCAAGAAAAAGAACAAAAAGCAGAUGAUUACAAUGUUACAUAUGAUGAAUUUAUUGAAUUAUCUGAUGUCUACUCACAUAAUUACAUCAACCAAAUGAAUAUGGUUGUUGAUGAAAACAAAUAUUGUUUCAUUGCAUGUGAUUCUACAGAAAACAUUCAAUGUUUCAAUGAUUUUAACUUAACUUCUGAAACAAAUGAUUUAAUCAAUGAAACAGGAAAUGUAAUAGAGAUGAAAUUUGAUCCAGAUGAAGACAGUUUCGUUCUCAAGAACAAUAACAUGAAUGACGACAAUAAUUUAACGGUUUUAUCAGAUAUUCAUUCUAUUUUAUUGAUUUCUAAUUUAUCCAAGAAUUAUUCAAAUGAAAACUUCAAAGAUCUUAAUGAUUCCGAUCUAAAUCAUAAGGAUUCAUAUGAAAAGUCCCAAGAUCUUAAUGAAUCUGAUCUAAAUCAUAAGGAUUCAUAUGAAAAGUUCCAAGAUCUUAAUGAAUCUGAUCUAAAUCAUAAUGAUUCAAAUGAAAACAUCAAAGAACUUAAUGAACUUAGAUUGUUUGAAAAAGAUUUAUCUGAGAACAUCAAAGAAUUCGAUGAAAUUAAGUUAGUUGAAAGAGAUCCAUAUGAAAACAUCAAAGAGUUUAGUGAUUCUACAACGAAAUCUAUUGAUUCAUUUGAAAAAUUCAAAGAUCUAAAUGAAUCUGGUUUAAUUCAUAACGAUUCGAAUGAAAUCAUUAAAGAACUAGAAAAUAUUCCUUCUAAGAAUGAUUCAAAUGAAAGAAUCAAGGAAUUCAAUGAUUUUUGUUUCAUUGCAAGCGAUUCAUUUGGAGAUAUCAACGAUAAAGCUGUAAAUCAUGGUUUAAUUGAUGAAGAAACAAAAAGAUGUAUUAAAGAACUGAAAGAUGAGUUUUCACAUGGAUUAAUGAAUCAAAUAAUCAAAGAUAAUUCAGCAUUAAUGCAUUUAGAAACUGAAAACAAUUUCAACAAUGAAAUCAAUCAAAAUCAAAUCAAAAUUUCAGAAAACGUUACAGAAGAUUUUCCAAUUGUUUUCAUUGCAUCUAAAAAUACUAUCUUCCAUGAAAUAUCAUCAGAAAACAAUACUAUUUCUUUUGAUAACUCUGAAUCAAUGAAAUUAUUCAAUUUAAUUUCAGAACAAAAAGAAAUCAGAGAUAAUGACAAUUCUAAUGUUUUGCAAGCUGAUGAAACAUUUAGUGAAGUUCAUGGACUAUCAGAUUCAAUUACUGAUAAUUAUAUUAACUUAUUAUCAAAAUACUCUCUUGACAAUAUUCCACAAACAGAAAUUAUCGAUGAAUCAUUAUUUACUGGAAGUAAUAACGCAAUGAAUAUUUCAAAUAAUGAUUCUAUUAUUGUUGAGAAUAUGGGAAUUAAUAGCAAUGAAGAUGAUACUUCAUUUGUUGAUGAAGCUUUACAUAACUCAGUUCUUAAGAAUGAAGAAAAUGAUUCAUUCUUUGUUGAUAAUUCUAAUAUCAAAAUGGAAAUUGAUUCAUCAAUUGUCGAUAAUUGUACAAAUAUUAAUUAUAAACAAGAUGAUUCAACCUUUGUUGAUUAUAUGAGAAUCAAUUGCAAAGAAGAUGACAAAUCAUUUGUUGAUGAUACAAUUAAGAACUCUGGAAUUGUUGUUGAUGAAAAAGAUUCAUCAAUUAUUGACCAGUUUAAGGAUGUUUCAAUUCCAUCUAAUGAAAUAGAAGAAAAUGCAAUCAAAGAAACAAGUAUUUAUGUUAAAGAAGAAGCCUUCGUUGAUAACUAUAAUAUCACUUUCAUUGAAGAAAAUAGUUCAUUAAUUGAUAAUUGCAAUUUGAUUUUCAAUGAUGAACAAAUGAGAAAUGACUCUGAUUUCAAUCAAGUUAGCACUGUUCAAUUUGACAAAUUAUCAUUUAUUUAUCAAGAAGAAGAAUUUGCAUUUACUGAUUCAUGUGAUUUAUUCAAGAAUUCAAGAGAUAAUUCUGUAUUUUGCUUGAAUACAAAUCAAGCAAAUAAUCAAAUAAUAAGUUGCAAUCAAACAUUUACAGAAUUUGCAGAAAAUAAUGACAAUAUAAUUGAGAAUAAUCUUAUAGACAGGUGUGAUAUAAUUAAUAAUGAACAAAUUUGUUUAUCUGUUAAUGAAACCAUCGAACUUCAAUCUACUGAUAUACAAAUUGAAAAUGAAGAAAUUUCGAAUGAAUUGUUGAAUACUAUAGACAAAGAUAAUGAUGUUAUUGAUAAUUCAACAAUAAAUCUUCAGAAUAAUGAUGUUAUUUCAUUUAACAACGAUUUAGCUGUUACAAAUGAUGCAACAAAUGAAUUCGAACUCAAUCCAACUGUAAAUAACGAAGUAAUUGAACAAGAUGAGGAUAUGAUUGGUUUGAUAUUAGAUAACAUUGAAAUGUCCAAAGAUAGUUGCAAAUUGGAUGCAAUUGAUGAUGAAAAUAUCAUUGAGAGUCAAAUUACUGCUUCUAAGAAGAAGAGGCGUAUAAUUAAGAAAGAAAACAAGGAACCACCAAUUAUUGAUCAGCCAAAGAAGAAGAUAAGAAGGAGGAAAGCUCCUUCGAUUCACGAAACUCCAAAGAGUAAGGUUCCUACACCAAACUUGGAUGAUAUUUCAAUUUCAGCUAAGGAACCACCCCUCCUUCCAAUGACACAUGUAAUUUCAUCCAAAGCAACAGCUCCUGAUCUUAAAACUCCUACUUCUUUCUCAGCAAAGAAAGAAGCUCCAGAAUUGUCUCAGACACCAUCAAGUGGAAAGUUCUCUGCUCCAAAGAUAGAAUCAAAGAGAAUUCGCAUAUUAAAACCUGCCCCACAACUUGCAAUGGCCCCAAUAUUCAAUCAGUCUUCAGCUCCAGCUCUUGAUGUUCCUUUGAAAAGAAAGCGCCAUAUAUGA